UGUACUUCCUGCUUCCGGUAUAUACCAAUCCGGUGUUUCUAUGCAGCGGGUGACUCUAAGAGCUGUUAAAAAAAUAUUUAUGACUUAUGGUCAUGGCUUCUAGCAGCACCGCGGCGGCUACAGAGCCUCCUGGGCUGGAAUCACAGCGGCAAGAAAUCGAGAGUUUAAUCCGGGACCAGGAGCUCCGGCUCGGGGACUGCUGGUAUCUGGUGGGCCGACGGUGGUACGGGUUGUGGAGCGAGUACGUGAAGAGUGGCGAUCAGAACUCUCCGUCAUUCCCUGGGGGCAUCGAUAAUACAGAGCUGUUCGAUGAUUUGGACUCGUACAGGUUGAAAGAGAGGCUGGCAGAGGGCGAGGACUUCAUCCUGGUGCCAGCAGAAGCCUGGCGCAAGCUGCUCUCAUGGUACGGCAAGGUGGAGGACCAGCCUGCUCUGGAAAGGAAAGUCAUUGAUCUUCCCAGCACCCUGAAAGUCGAGAUCUAUCCUGUGGAACUGUUCCUGUGUCUGCACAGCGAUAUGGACAAUGCAGUAACGGGCCAGUUCAGCCGAGCAGACACCAUACUCAGCAUUCAGAAGGUAAUACAGAAAGAGUUUGAGGUAGCAGAGGACGCUGAACCACGGCUAUGGAUAAAAAGCUCUGAUAACAACUGCGAGAGGCUACGAAACAUCCACAUGACUGUCCUGGAUGCCUGUCUGAGCACGGGAAUGACAGUGAUCAUGGAGAUGAGGAAUGCAGAUGGCACAUGGCCCAGCUCUAGACCGCAGAUCAUGAGUAGAUCCACGGAAGACCAGGACACGUUCCGAGGGCAGCCUGGAGUGUGUGGUCUCACUAACUUGGGCAACACUUGCUUCAUGAACUCUGCUCUACAGUGUCUGAGCAACACGCCCCCGCUGACCGAGUACUUCCUGAAGAACCUGUACCUGGACCAGCUGAACUUCACCAACCCUCUGGGCAUGAAGGGCGAAAUCGCCGAGGCCUACGCCGACGUCAUCAAGCAAAUGUGGUCGGGGAGACACUAUUCCGUAGUGCCACGUGUUUUUAAAACCAAGGUGGGCCAUUUUGCGUCCCAGUUCCUGGGUUACCAACAACACGACUCCCAGGAGCUUCUGUCCUUCCUGCUGGACGGCCUGCAUGAGGACCUGAACCGCGUCAAGAACAAAGAGUACAUUGAACUCAAGGACGCCGACGGAAGACCAGACCAGGAAGUUGCGGAGGAGGCGUGGUGUAACCACAGGCGACGGAACGACUCCGUGAUCGUGGAUACAUUUCAUGGUCUCUUCAAAUCCACGCUGGUCUGCCCCGAGUGCAGGAAGGUGUCUGUGACCUUUGACCCUUUCUGCUACUUGAGCGUUCCCUUACCCGUGAGCAAGGAGAGGGUCAUGGAGGUGUUCUUUGUUUCUCUUGACCCUCUGGCCAAACCUGUGCAGUACAGAGUGGUGGUCCCUAAAGCUGGUCGAGUGAUGGAUUUAUGCACCGCUCUGUCUCAAGCUACCAAUAUCUCUGCAGAGAAGAUGGUAGUGGCGGAUGUAUUUAAUCAUCGCUUCUACAGGAUCUAUCACGCUGACGAGUCCCUCAGCCUGAUCCUGGACAGAGACGACAUCUUCGUGUACGAGCUGAACAGCAGCAGCAGCACUGCGGAUCAGGUGGAGGAGGAGGAUGAAGAGGUUCUGCUGGCCGUGUACAUGCGCGAACGCUCCCACUACAGAGACUACGGCUCAGGGGGAAACAACUACAGCACGUCACUGUUCGGCCACCCGCUGCUGAUGGCACUGCCCUGGGCACAGUGCACCAGAGACGGCCUCUACCAGCUCUUUCUCCAGCGCCUGGCUCGAUACGUGCGUCAGCCAGACCCCACAGAAGAAGUGGAGGAGGAAGAGGAAAAUUGUAGCGAAGAGAAUGAUGACGAAGAAGAAAUAUACAAAAACCAGACCAAUGGACUCAGUGGAGAUGAGGCUGAAGAAGAGUCUGAGGAGGCAGGAACAUCCAAGUCAGAAGAGCCUUCUCAGCAGAACAGCGUCCAUCCAGAAGGGGAGGAGAAAGUAGAAGAAGGGGAGGAGAAAGUAGAAGAAGGGGAGGAGGAAUCGAACAGCGGUGGAGGCGGCACAGACGAGGGCCAAUUGGCAUGCGGCGGCACGGACGAGGGCCAAUUGGCAUGUGGCGGCACAGAUGACAACUCCCAAGAUGCGGUCGAUGGGGAGCAAGCUGCUGCAGCGGAGACUCCUGGGAAAAAGGAGGAGGAAGACGAAGAAGAGGAUGACCGAGAGAACGGUAAAGCCGUCGCUCAGGCGAAGAAAAGGAUGAAGAGUAGACGGCGUUGUGCUGAGAAAAGAAAGAAGCUGCUCUUCAGUAUACAGGCCGUGAACUCCAACGGCACCAUGGACCGAAGCACCGGGGACGGGAACAGCGAUCUUCCUUUCAGCACUCAGUUGUAUGUGGCCAUCGACUGGGACCCGGACAUGAAAAAGAAAUAUUACAAUGACACCGAGGCUGAGAAAUACGUAAAGGACAAGAGCAUGGACGUCCCGAUGCAGCAGACCACAGUCCAUCUGCAGGAAUGUAUCGGACUCUUCACCAACAUGGAGACGCUCGAGGAUGAAAAUCCCUGGUACUGCCCAACAUGUAAAAAGCACCAGCUCGCCACUAAGAAGUUGGAUCUCUGGUCUCUUCCUGAGGUCCUCAUCAUCCACCUGAAACGCUUCUCCUAUACAAAAUAUUCCCGGGAGAAGCUGGACACCAUCGUCGAAUUCCCUCUCCGAAACCUGGACUUCUCCAACUUCCUUUUGAGGAAGACAGGAACCGACUCGGAGCCUCCCAGCACGUACGACCUCAUCGCUGUGUCUAACCACUAUGGAGGCCUCAGAGACGGACACUAUACCAGCUACGCUCGGAACAAGGACAACGGCCAGUGGUAUUAUUUUGACGAUAGUAAGGUGACCUACGCCAAGGAAGAACAAAUUGUGACCAACGCUGCCUACCUUCUCUUCUACCAGCGCCAAGACAAGAUCCGGCACCCCGUCCUCCCUUCUCCUGAAAAUCACCCCGCUUCCUCCACUAAUCACGACGGACCGGGCGGGGCCAUGGAGGUCGACUGAAAUUCGUUCGGUGUUUCACUGGUUUUCCCCGUCUUUCCUUUAUUUGCAUUCCUUCCUUCGUUCAUUCGUUCUCUUCAGAUAUAUGCAUUCUCUCCUGCUCUCAGGUUCAUGAGGGAAUUUGUUUUAUUUUAUUUUUUUCUUGAACUUUCUGCCUUUUUGAGUUCCCAGAAACGGGAAGUUCAGUAUUCUCUCAGGCCGGUGCAGAGGCAUCAUGGGUAGGAAGCUGGGCAAAGGCUGUAGUUAUUUCUUCAUGACCAGCUGCAGGGACGUCUAGUCAGGGUCUAGCAAGUGUCUGGGGUGGGUGUGAGUAUCUGUGUCUGCUGCUUCUUUCGAAUUUCAGGGUGCGAUAAGCUGCUUCCCAUCCCCCCACUUUCCCUUCCACGAGUGCAAGAGCUGCAACUUUCUACCUUUUUUUUAUCAAGCAAUACUUUUGUACCGGUUGUAGUUUAGGAACUUAAACUUCAGGUUUUUUCAGCUCGUAACUUAAUGACUUUUGAGGCACCUCUCACUGUGCAAGCUGUAAACAUCUUCACCUCAACCGGACAUAGAAGGGCAGUGGUUAGACUGUAAAAUACAAGACUUGCAGAAACAAGAACAGAAAAUACAGUGUGGUGCUGGGAAAUGGGAAAAUUUGGACCCCUCGCCAGUAAGUGGUGCAGAAUACCAGGGUUGCCAACUCCUACUUCCAAAAUUUCCCUUUUCCCCUACGCCACAAUGACUCUAAAGCUCGACAGAGCGGCGUAUCGGAAGCCUUCAAACGCCAAAGCAAUAAAAUAUAAAGCUGCUCGGGUAUUUUUUACUCUUCCACGCAUUUGUUCGUCAUCUCCGUGGAACAUCGUCGUCUUUGGUAAUGGUAAGAAACUUUUUUCGCGACAUCCCAAAAUUUGCCCUUCGACGUUUCCAGUCAUCGAGGCGGCACGUUGACGUUUUUGCGGUAAUCGCACGUGUUAUAAAUGCAGUACAACAAAAAAACUCUGGAGUAUCUCUAUUCAAGCUGCGUAGGUUUCAGCACUGAGGUUUUUAAUUGUUUUCCAGAUAAAAAAAAAAGUUACUGUAGCUACAUUUUGUUUUUUUUAUUUAUAGAUCAGACCAGCUGUAUAUUCUUAAAAAAAAUCAAAAAAGGAGAAAAAAAAAAGGUCUCAAGGUUUACCGAACAAUCUAAAAUGAAACGUCUUUCUUCAGACACACAACUAAAUCAGAUUCAAUCAGAAUCACUCUCAGAAAUUGAUCCUUCAUUGGAACGGUAUCUCCAUAACCUUGGUGCUUUCUCCUUGGACAUAGAGAUGAGGUAGAUCACCACAGGCUACGCGUGAGCGCAAGGGCGCCAUUACUUACGAUCAUUUUUGAGCAUUGGUGUAUGUUCGAACACAUCGGGCUCUCGCAUCAGGUUUCAGGUGAUGUGCCAUCAAAUGUGUGUGUGUGUGGGAGGAGAAAAGCCAGUACUACUGAAUAAUAUUGAAUAUAAUAUAAUUUAUGAUAAUUUAAGGUAAUGAAAAAGAUUCUAAUAUACAUAAUUAUUCCUGAUUCCUGUCCACCAAAUUGACAUUCAUGUUGUGUGUCUGUAAAUGUUUCUUGAACCUGAUUUUUUUUUUUUUUUAGGUACAGGUGUGAACCCGAGUGCUUUAUUCAUUGACUGGGAGUUACUGUGUAGCAUGCUAAUUCUAUGCUAAUUUUAUGCUAAUUCUAUGCUAAUUCUUCGCAUCAGCGUUCCGAACGCUUCCUUUAAAACCGUCCCCGGGGUAUUCGUAAUCUCGUGAUUUUUCGUCUGGACUUUUGCGCACUACGUACGCUAUAGGAACCGUCGCCUUCGUCGUGUCUUCAAAGAUUCAUUCAGGAAAAAGGGACCAAAAACAGCUGCUCCACCAUCUGGAUUCUUUAUACUGAAACCCGCUUUAUUUUUACGAUCAUUUUUUUUUUAUUGAAUUUCACAAAUCCAACCUUUUUUUUUUUUUGGCUCAUUAUACCGAACCGAAGGUCCAGCUCGAAUAGCGUGAACAAAACAAGACCACGGGGCCACGACGUCUCGAAAACGUGCACGCACGUCCGAAUCGCGGCCUUUGUGACCUUUAACCACGUUACAGUUUUUCACCGUUCCCUCCGCUCUCUUUCUCUCGGUGAUAUCAGGGAUAAUCCGUAUGUCAGGAACUGUUGCAAUACGUGAAAAUAAGUAUUUUUUUAAGCCGAAUAUUAGAAUAAAGAAGCUUCUCCUCGUCUCGCUCGUCGUGAUCUAUUUAUUUUUUCAUUUUAACGAACCGCCGAGUGACGGAUCGGCUCGGCCGAAGCUUCGAGAUCUUCCAAAUAAUUUUUAUUGCUGUUAUUGUUAUUUUCCUUCCUCUUGAUCUGCUGUUUAAUCAUAUUCAGGGGGGAGGGGGAGAUGAACAGAGGUGUAUUUUCCAGCUCUAGUUUGUAAUAUAACGUAGGGACGGAUGGAGGAAGCGAGUGGGGAUUAAUAAAGAGAUUAAUGAGAGUGGUUUCUGGACUGUACAGUAUUUUUGUAUGUAAUACAUAGUUUUGAUGAGUGAAGUUCGAAUGCUGGGGUUUUAGGGAUCAGCUUGGGUUCGACUUUGAUGGAGAUGGAAAUUGUAUACUUAAAUUUUGAUAUGAAUAAAUGAUAAUUGUAUAUUA